GUCCGAUAGGGUGCGCGCAGCUAUGCUUAAUGAUAAUCACUCCCCGACGAAUUCUUAACGCACAUCCGAACGGAUCUAUGCUCGUUAAUUUGUCGACGUUGUGAUUCGCGCGUUCGAUCGGAGAACACGAUCCGCGACAGACUCGUCAAUCGGAAGAUAUGCAUCCCUCGUGGAUCAGCAGAAGCUCGGUGUUGCUAUCGGCCACCAGCUCUCACGUUCAACGCAAGCAUGCAUCUGCUCGGAGGAACUUAAUAUUAGUCUGUUCUCGAGCUUUGGAAUCGCACAGCGCUUGGACGCAACAGAAACGAUUCAGACAUGACAGCAAGACAAAGUUGGCGCAUAUGUCGUUAUCAGGGGAUAUUCCUCUGUUGGACAAAACCGUAGGUGUAGUACUAGGAGAAGCAGUGAAAAGAUGGCCUGACCACGAGUGCAUAGUGUCCGUCCACCAAAAUGUUCGCCUAACGUUAGCGAACGUUCUUCGUCGCGCCGAUUGUCUAGCAGCUGGUCUUAAGAAACUGGGCCUGAAACGGGGCGAUCGUCUGGGUAUAUGGGCUCCCAACGACAUCGAGUGGUACAUAACCUUCAUGGCCUCCGCCAGGGCUGGCCUGAUCACCGUAGCGAUUAAUCCCUCUUACCAGAUGAGCGAGAUCGUCUAUUGUUUGAACAAGGUGGGCACCAAGGCUGUGAUAGCGCCCGACAGCUUCAAGACGCAGAACUAUCCUAACAUGCUGCUCGAAUGCCGUCGAGUCUGCCCUAGUUUGGAGCAUAUAAUCAUCUACUCGAAGGAUCACGUGACAGGGACGCGUCGGUUCGCCGACGUGGAGCAACUGGCGUCCAAGAAGGAAGUAGAGGCGAUCGCAGAAGAACAAGGAGCGAUAUCCUGCUUCGAUGGAUGUAACAUACAGUUCACCUCGGGGACCACUGGCAAGCCUAAGGCCACGAUGUUGUCAUACAGGUCUCUAGUGAACAACUCGAGACAGGUUUCAGCAAGAACGUACGACCCGCCAGGCAUAAAAGCUUGCAUGAACGUUCCUUUCUUCCACGCGUUCGGUAUGACCAACUGCAUGGUUUUGCUUCACAAGAACACCACUCUCGUGCUGGAAUCGCGCUCAUUCAACCCCGUGACCUCCGUGGAAACAAUAUUGCGCGAGAAUUGCGAGGUUGCAUAUGGGACACCGACGAUGUGGAUCACUUUGUUGGACGUCUAUCAGAAACUCCAGCUUCCGCCUACCAAGCUGGUAGCUGGGUACACAGGAGGUUCCCCCGCAUCGCCACAUCUCUUCAAGAGGAUUAGAGAGACUUUCCAUUUCGAACGCAUGAGGACGAUAUACGGCCAGACGGAGGCCACCGGAGUGGUGUUUCAAUCGUUGCCCGAAGAGGACACGGAGUUGACCGACAACACGGUUGGAUAUAUGCAAAACCACUUGGAAUUAAAGGUCGUGGACAAUAACGGAGCUAUCGUGCCGUUCGGUACCCGUGGAGAGCUCUAUAUCCGCGGUUACAGCACCAUGGUCAAGUACUGGAACGACGAAGAGAACACUAAGAAGUCCUUGACCGAGGACGGUUGGCUGAAAUCGGGGGACCAAUUCAUUCUACGAGAGGACGGUUACGGUGUGAUAGUUGGCAGGAUCAAGGACAUGGUGAUUCGCGGCGGAGAGAAUAUCUUCCCGAAGGAGGUCGAGGACUUCUUGAUGACGCAUCCCUCGGUAAGCGAGGCGCACGUUAUUGGGGCUUACGACGAGGUCUACGGGGAGGAACUUUGCGCGUGCGUGAGGCUCAACGACGGCAGCCGUCUCACCAAGGAGGAAUUGAGGGAUUACUGCAAGGGGAAGAUCGCUCACUUCAAGAUUCCGCGUUACGUCGUUUUCGUUCAAGAGUACCCGAAAACGUCCAGCGGUAAAGUGCAGAAAUUUUUAUUGAAGGAGGAAAUGGAGCGUAAGGGUGAGAUUCCCACCGCUCCAAACGACUCGAUCACUUCCGCUGCUGCGGGGAACGUUUCCUCCAAAUAGACGACAAUUGCUGCAUCUUCGAUGAAAUUACCGUGCCGCGUUCGAUUCUUUCUGCUCGAUAUAUGCGCGCGAUGUGCCUCGAAAUACGCAGGACAGUUCGAUAGUAAGCGAUUCUUGGUCUCGGUUUUGGGGGGAGGGCAUCGAUUUCGGGGACAACGUGCACACGCGACUGUAGUCGGGUCGAGAUCGACUGGCCGUCCAAAUCCACUCGUAAGCCACCGGUAAAUCACCAGGGAAGCUAAACCGUAUGGCCGAGAUUAACGUAUCGGUGAUCUCGAAUGGUCAAUUGAUCCCGUUUCAACUUUGAACGCUCGUAUCGUGUUUAUACGUGCAGUGUUCCGAGUUCCACGCGAGAAAACAGCAUUUCCCGGUGCAAGUCAGUUUUAUACACGGAGAACGAACGCUGUACCCUCUUCACGGAUAUAUCAAUUAGGAAUCACUCUUCUCACGGGCGAACACUCCAAACAAUAAGUGAGAAAUUAUAUUGCUGACGUAUUCUUGUUCCUUAUCCAGAGCGUUAUCGUACACGAUGAUAAAAAGGUUCCAGCUGCAGCGAUAAACCGUAGCGAGCCGCGUUCGCUCUGUCAGAGGACGCCACUUAUCCGUGCGUCGAGUGAGCGUCGCGACGCAGGACUCGGUAAAGUAGAGAACCCUUCGAAACAGCUGAUUACCAUCGAGUUGUUGGUAACGAACGACAGCGUUGAAUGUUGGUAUUAUAUUUGGUCUUUCUACAGUU